ACCACGGGAUUGAGUUUUGCAGCACUAUUUUCCUCCUUGUAUAUCGAUGCAUUAACAUUUAACUAACAUUUACCUUUACUGGUUGAUAAAAGCUAUACUUUUCUACAAAGGUGCGAUACAGUGAUAACCCUAGAACUAAUCCCAGUUGUCGAAGUUAAGCCACCACGUAAGUGAAGUGCAAUUUAUUGCAUGAUUUUGGAUUCAGGCCAAAUUAUACACCCUUCCUAAGCCUGAAUGAGUCGAAUCAGGUGAAAACAACGACGGGCAGGUGAAACCAAAAAAGGCAGGCACAGGUGGAAGUGAUAAGCGUUCUAUGCAUGACACCCCGACAUGACAUGGAUAUGGGUUGAAUUCUGCGAAAACCAAAUACCUACCGAUUUUCAUUGAUUGAUUACAAAAAGGAAACGAAUGGAAUUCACCUUAAAUUAAUCGGCUUGUAAACAAGAAAAGUUUGUGUGCUGUUGUUGGAUUAGUACGGUUGUAUAGUGAAGCAAAUUAGUUGAAGUGCAAUCGAGCGAUUCGACGAGGUACCUCCUAGAAGCGGAUGGGAAAAGUGUAAUUGCGAUUGUUCUACAGUGGGAAAACGUAGUGGAACCGGACGAGGUAGUGGUUGUUAAGUUACUUGUGGGUUGUGUGGGUAUGUAGCAGUGGCCGCUUUGUUUGGCACCCGAAGCGAAGUAAAUUGUGAAUGUGAAGAUAACAGAAUCGAGCAAAAGUUUAGCGGAAUUAGAAGAAAAGUAUUCGCCGGAAGGAAUGGCCAAUACGCCAAAUUCUAUCGAGGUUCAAAUCGAUAACUUCCUGGAGCAGUUCAAGCGGAGCGCUUCGAAGGCAAUGGAGGGCGACUGGUCCUCGUCGUCAUCGACGGCCGUUACGACGCCACAAUCGGCCGGAUCCGGGCCCAAAAUACGGAACAUUUUCAGUGACCAAGGCGAAGAAUCUCUGAAUGUGACCAGCAACAGCGGGGCGAGCGCAGCCUCGUCCUAUCAUUCGGCCCUCCACGGUGGACCAAACGGAGCCCUUUUUCAGCACCAAUCAUCGGUAACGUCCGUCAGUUCGGUGCAAACCGUGCUCAGCCAGAAUAUGCAAAACAGUACCAAUGUGAACAAACUGAUCGAGAAUGUGUGCCAAAAUGGGAACCAUCUGAAUUUGAACACUUUCGGCAGUUGCAGUUCGCUGAUAACGACCGGCCACACGGUACCAAUGGCGGCGGCAGCCAAUCUGCUGCGGAAUGGCACCGCCAGCAUCGGCGCCGGUGCGGAGCAACAAAUGCAUUCAAGUACCAGCUCGGCCGAAGAACCACUCAGCGUGGCCGAUGUGGCCGAUCUGUUGCAUCCUCAGUAUGCAAUCAUUACAGGUGGCCGCUCGAAGGACGGCUGUCCGCUGAUUACCUUUCCAGACUACAACAACUUUCAAAAUCUGUCCGAUCUGGACUAUCAGAAGCUGAUCCUGUAUCUGACCUCGGUGCCGUCGCUGUCGGAAGCCGACCUCGGCUUCAAUUUGAUAAUCGAUCGCCGCAAAGACCGGUGGGCAUCGGUGAAGGCGGUUCUGCUGAAACUUUCCGUCUACUUUCCCGGCAUCGUACACUUUGUGUACGUACUGCGACCGUCCGGUUUUCUGCAGAAGGCAAUCUCGGAAGUUAGCAACAAGUUCUUCAAGGACGAGUUCCGCUUUCGGGUGGUCGUAUGCUCCUCGCUGGAAGAUUUGCACGAGUACAUUUCGCGAACCCAGCUUACGCUGGAUUUGGGCGGCGAAUUGGCGUACUCGCAUCACGACUGGAUCCAGCAGCGGAUAUCCCUGGAGAAGUUCUCCGGACUGACCAAUAUGAUCUCGUGCAAUUUGGAUGCGUUUAUGAAGUCGAUCCACGAAAUGGAAUUUCCCAAUUCGGUUGAGGCGACCGAGCGGUUGAUUGAUGAGCAGGGAGAACAGUACGAAAAGUUGAAGGAGGAUAUUAUGGCAGCCGGUCGUCAUGGAGAAGUUUUACUAGAGGAAAUGCGUACCAAAAAGGAUAGUGAUAAGGAAGUUGUCGAACGAUUCGGUAACAUUAGCUCUAUCGAAAGUCGCGAUUGUCACAGACUGCUGGUCCAGCUGGAGGAAACCGAGCGGCAGUUCGAGGAGUUCUGGACGGUGCACCUGUCGCGGCUAAAGAAGUGCCUGGAGCUGCGCCGCUUCGAGCAGGACUUCCGCGAGCUGCAGGCGAACUUCGAUCGGCACCUGAAGACCGUCUCGGAUAUGACGGAAAUCGGCGAAACGGUCGAACGGAUGGAUCAGCUGAUCAGAGAAACCAAAGAAUUUCAGCAAAGCUGCGCUGUGGAUGUGGAACGCGCUAACCAGGUGAUCGGCACCGGGCAGCGGCUGAUCGGGUCCAAGGGCUGCAUCAGUUCGUGCCCGAAGGAGGUGGUGCAGCCAAAGUGCGACGAGCUGGGUCGGGUGUGCGAACUGAUCAACGAACGCAUCUCCAAGCGGAUCGAAACGUUGAUCAAAGCGCGUGAGCUGAUGGAACGAGUCGAAAAGGCAAAUAAAUGGUGCGCUCGGGGUAUUGAACUGCUGGCUACGCAGCGAAUUGAAAAGUGCUCCGUUUCGGCGGAAAUUGCCGGCCAAAGUCUGCUGGAAAUUCAGGACUUUCUCGCGUCCGCCGCCGAAUUUAAGCUGUCCAGUCCGAUGGAGUUUAGGAAUGUCAUCCAGGAGAGUAUUACACUGGAAACCAAGGCGCUUGUAUCGCAGGUCCUGCAGCGAAUCGACGAUGUGCAGCUGAUGUGCGAUAAGCGUGUGACAACGCUGAAAAAACUGACGCUCAAACCGCCGCGACCGGUUCAAACGGUUAUUCCGGAACCGGCGGUUCCGCUGCAGCCACCGGGUGGAGCACCACAUCCCAUCUUUCGAACGAGGCGUUCGUACAGCAAGCUGGAGAGCUUUUCGUCCCGACCCCGUUCCAUCGAAGGCCCACCGGACUCGGGCAUCUCGAUCAGCAGCGAUACCAUCAUUGCCAGCUCGGAUAGCGAUCUGAACCUGCAAAGCCAAACGGAUUCGGAUGAACGGAAACUCAAACGGGGACACGUACUGGCUGAGCUGUUGGAAACUGAGAGGAUUUACGUUGCGGAAAUGGGCUCGAUUCUGAAGGGCUACCGAGACGAAAUGCUGUCGGAGGAAAUGAGCUCGCUGGUACCGCCGGGACUGCAGGGCAAGGCCGACAUUCUGUUCGGCAAUCUGCACGAGCUGUACACGUUCCACAAUGACAUCUUCCUGAAGGAUCUCGAAAAUUGCAUCUCCACCACGGAACUAGUCGCGCUAUGCUUCGUGCAAAGGAGGGAUACGUUCUUCCGGCUGUACUCCUACUACUGUCAGAAUAUUCCGCGCUCGGAACGGCUACGGGAAACCCUCGUGGACACGCACCUUUUCCUGCAGGAGUGCCAGAAGAAGCUCGGCCACAAGCUUCCACUUGCAGCCUACCUGCUCAAACCAGUACAAAGGAUCACCAAGUAUCAGCUGCUUUUGAAGGAUCUGCUAAAAUUCAGCGAUACCGGGACGUGUUCGAGGGAACUACAGAAGGCGCUGGACUGCAUGCUAGUGGUGCUGAAGUGUGUCAACGAUUCGAUGCAUCAAAUUGCAAUAACUGGUUUUCCCGCCGACCUUUCGCAGCAGGGGGAACUGUUGAUGCAGGACUCGUUCCAGGUGUGGACCGAAAGCAAGAAAGAUCUCCGGUUGCGGCUCAAAACUCAACAUCGGCACAUAUUCCUGUACCAGAAGGCGAUGCUCUUUUGCAAACAGGGCUCCAAAACCGGCCACAACAAGAGUACCUAUCAGUUUAAACAUUGGCUGCAGAUGUCACAAAUUGGCCUAACCGAAUCGGUACGUGGCGACUCGCGGCGGUUCGAAGUGUGGCUGCAAGGUCGCCAGGAGGUUCACACGAUACAGGCCGGCACGGUGGACAUCAAGAACAAGUGGGUUGCCGAAAUCAAACGGGUACUGCUCAACCAGCUGGAGGAGCUCAAAGGCGAGAAGAUCAAGCAGUACGGACUGAACCACAAACCAUUGCGACACACAGCAUCCUGGGAUAUGCCACCGACUCUGCACGGUGCUCCAAACCGAACAUUUAGCUGCGACCAGCAGCCCACCUCUACGCCGUUGUCCGCCAGCAACAUCCAGCAUCACACGGGUGGCGGCGGCGGCGGCCAGGACCAAGCAAUCACAAGGAUCUCCCAUCUCAACAAUGAGGAUAGCAUUAUGAGUGCAGCGGGUAUUUCGUCAUCCUCGUCCGAACACGAUAAUCAGGAAACGAACGCCUGGAGUUCGGAUUAUUCCAACAGUGAGGACGAAUUCACGCACGGAGAGGAUGGUGUAUUACCGGGACAUAAGUUCGUCUCCUUAGCAGACUACUGUGCAAUGGGAAAUUCUGAAGUUUCCAUGAAAGAAGGUGAUAUUGUAGAACUGCUCAAAAUCGGAUGCGCCGGCUGGUGGUUUGUGAAAGUUACUGGAAAUAGCCUCGAAGGAUGGGCUCCAGCUGCGUACCUGGAACCGAUAAAUCGUAAAGCGUCACGGCUUCGUAGUGCUCGCAGUCAGGACAAACUGAAUGAGCAUUAAGUCAAAGUGCAUGACACUGGUUAAAGUUACAUGCAAAAAAAACAGUUCUAGUGAAAACCGGGAGAAAUGCAAUACCUAGGCAUUUAUUGAGAUUGCAUGAAUAAUAUCAGAUAUGAAGUUCGAAAAAAUUCAUAAAGUAAUUAUCUAUGGUCGUCUAUCGUCUAUUCAUCCAUAUCGCCAACACAUAUAUACAACACAUCCACACAGACCCAAACACAUGCACACAUAUAGAAACCAAAACUGGAGACUCUCUGUUCAACUAGCCAAAAUAUACACCAGUUUAGAGUAGAAAUCGUUGCGAUGUAUGACAAUUAAUAUAUUAAAAAAUCGAAUACAAAUUUAGCAGUAAUUAUCAUGCGCUGGCGUUUGGAUUACAGUCAAUCAUGAACAUCCAGAAAAUUGUGUCAGUUUUCAAAAAAUAAUAAUACGGAAAUGUAUUCGAUUUCAUACUUCUUACUAGCACAAUCUUUGCGAUCGAUUUUCUACUUGUUCAGUUCUCUUUCUACACUCAAAAUCACUUUUUCGCUGCCUUGUGCUAUUACCUUACCUACUAAACCAUUUCUAUUCGCCUACCAACGUACCAUGGAAAACAUGAUACUUACAUGCUUUCAUGCGAACUGCAUCCGACUGUUUUAUACUAGAAUGCAUCCCAAUGCCAGAACAACAGAAGAAUAUGAAAAAAAGAAAGCGUUAACAGUAUCUAAAACAAGCCAAAGCAUAUAUACAAUAAAUUAAUUGAAACAAUGCUCCUAAUCACACCGUCAUACAUUGUUUGCGGUGGUGAAUGGUCAGUUAACGAGCUAAAAUGAUAGAGGAAAAACGAAAAAAAAACAUAAAUCAAUCAAUCACCCAACUUCGGAAAAACGUUUCCUUCUAUAACGUGUUGUACAGUCCUCGUAAGUUAUUUAUUUAUUGGUUAAAAAAUGUACACAACGACGGUCGAUCCAUGCGAUCGCUAUCGCGGUGAACACACAUUCGAUGUAAUAUGUGGCCACGGCCAUCGUGCGUGAUCAUACGACAAUCGAGAUCCAAAUUCAAGUUGUCUCCUCCCCCCCCUUUCCCUCUAAAGUUAGGUGUUUUGUUUCCUUCGUCAUUGUUUUAAACUUUUUUCGUGUUAUUUUUUUAUUUUUGAACUUUAUGUUGAAAUUAGUGAACUGUUUUAUAGGUCUACACAUAUGGCGUCACAUUAAGUGGUAAAGCUAAUCCGAUGUUUGAUUAUACAGAAGGAAACUUUCGUCGGAAAAACUAUAAGAUAAGAAUGACGUUAUCUCAUUGACAAAAAAAAUUAAAGCAAUGACAGUGUAUUUUUCAAGCAUAAAACAGUGAAGAAUGGAGCAUCAUAUACGGAUAAUAAUCGAAAGGCUUGUAAAAAUUCAGUUAAACAACCGCUGGUUAAUCAAAUUAACAUUAAACGUGAAA